AUGUCACAUCAAUACUAUCCUGUGGUACUUCAAUUAGGUGCUAGAACUAUACACGCUGGUUUUGCUGGAGAUGCAGUACCCACAAUUCGCUCAGUGACAAACGCGUAUGAUUUGAAAGAUGCACAAGUAGAUCAGAAUGAUGGGUUGAAUCAUGCAAGUGAUCAAAGGUUAGAAGUAGAGGUAAAUGAUAUAGAUUUUAGGGGUAACGUUCUUUGGGAUAAUGACUUGGUUGGUUAUGACUUUCCUCAAUUGGAAAGAUUAUUAGAAAGAAUCAUUUAUGAUAUUUAUCAAAAUAAUUUGUUGGUUGAUGCCAAAAAAUGUAAAGUUUUGAUUCUUGAACCACCAUUUUUCCCAAUACCAUUGAAAAAGAUGUUGACAAAAGUGCUACUAUUCCAUAUUCAUGCACAAUCUGUUAGGUUUUUCCCGGAGCCAGUACUUAGCUCUAUAAGCUCGGGAAGCAAUAAUGCUUUAGUUAUAGAUAUGGGAUGGUGCCAAUCUACAAUAACGGCGGUAUUUGAUUUGAGGAUCCUUUAUAAAGAAUCGAGAGUGACUAAUAGAGCUGGGAAGAAUUUUCAUGCUUUCGUAAGGACGAACUUGAAAGAGAAUGGGAUUGAUAGUUUGUCUUUUGAUUUUGUUGAAGAUUUAAUUUGUGAUACAUUUUAUUGUAAUCCACAUACAAUACUAGAAGAAGAAGAAAAAUAUAGUACAUUCACUUACAAUGGAAUUUCUAUACCCAAUAAACUAAGAUAUAAUCUAAUAGAUCAAUUUUUCUUUGAAAAUGGUUUAAAACCAAAUGUUGAUGAUGAAAAUAAUUUCUUGGUGCCCUUGAUUAAAGGUUUGAAGAAACAAUUACCAAUAGACUUGAGGUCCACUUUGUUUACAAAUAUAAUUUUCACAGGUGGAUUGACCAAAAUACCCGGUAUGAAAACUAGGAUAUUGAAUGAACUUCAAAUAGAAUCAGAAUCAAAAAUCGAGGCUUUAGAAGCUUUAGGCCCAUGGGCUGGUGCAAGUCUGUAUUGUUCAACUUCUUUAAUGUCACCAUCCACUACGGCUGGAUCUAAAAAGUCGGAUGAGCUUUUAAGAGAUCGCUAUUUGAAUGGAGAAUCUAUUUUACAAGAUUGGACGGACCAACUAUAUAACUAG